GUCAAUUUUGAAGUAAAGUUAGUUGAAGAUUGAUGCACUUUGCAUUAUUUGUUGCUUAUGUUUGCUGAUAUUCAAGUGAGUGCUGUACACAGCAGAAAGAUUUUGUGUGCAAUGAGGAUCUGUCCCACUUGAGGGAUCGCACACAGUUCUUACCUAGUAUCCAAAGCAGUUGCCGUGCAGUGAUCUGGUGGGACUGAAUUUGCUUCUGAAAAAGAGUACGUCGACGCUGAUGCCCGGUUUUCAAGUCUUGCAAGUAGGAUAUCAUCUCCAUUAGGUCCAGUUACAUACGCUUGAGGCGACCAUGGGACGGCUAAGUCGAUAUCGGAAAACAAAAGCGUGCGAUCCUUUCAACACGGCACCAAACAAGCUUGUGCAUCUCGACAAAGCACCGUCCAAGAAUGAGCUGGACCAGGACGUGCAGCGUGCACCAAGGGCGUUUCGGCACAUGAUGAGCCUGACGAAGCGUGCAGAGCGUAGAGAUGCGCAGAAGAAGGCGGCGCGACAGGGCAAAGCCACCGGGCACCCAGCUCAAGGGAAACCAGGAAUGCCGGCCAAAAAAUCGAAAAAGAAAGAAGAUGCAACUAAGAGUGGCGAGUCGUCCCAAGAGCCAGAGAAGAAGAAGACGCCAGCGCAGACCUACCCACGUAUGCCUGGCGAGUCCGAUGCUCAUUAUCUGAGCCGUAUAGACCAGGAGGCAGCUGAGAAAAUGCUGAAAGCCAACAGGGCCCUGAAGCCAAUUGCGGAGAAGCGGAAAAAGUACUUGACCAGUAAGAAAAAGGGAAAGAAGAAUAUCACAGAGGAAGGAGUGAAGGAGUUUGCUAAGACAGAGCGGGUUCGCUUUGGAGAUGUUGUUCAGCAACCACCGUCACUGUCGUCCAAGCCGCGGAAGGCACCAGAACAAACGUCAGCUAAGCUUGUCAGUAGCAUGAAGCUACCACCCGGUGCAACAGCAGGAACAGCAGCAGCAGGUGGGGAUGAUGACGGAGAAACCUCUGCCACUGCAGCCCCACCAAAGGCCAGGGUGGAUCCUAAACAGAAGGCUGGUGCGCCCAGCCCAAAGAGCAUCAAGUGCAAGAAAAGCAAAGACAUGACGCCUCAUGAGCGCGAGCGUCUCGAAGCAGUGCGCGCCAAUGCCAUUCAGCUCUAUCGGCAGCAUAAGAAGCAACAGCUCGAGCAGCGUGCAUCUCAUCGCUAGAAACACGUGUGGGCAUGCUGCUUUCUUUCUCUCACGCUAUAUUGUACACUAACUGUUGGUAACACUAACAGGCUUAUACAUACACUGUAAAUAUUCUAGCCACGCUGGCUGGCCCUGCUCUUUGUCAUUUUGUACAGAUUUGCUUUUCAUUUAGACCUUGUGUACAUACUAUGUACAUACUACUAUGUAGAUUUCCGUGUAAAUGUUCCUACGCAGGUAGUUAGCUGCCACCCGAUCUGUACAUGAAAAUUAAUUAUUUAUUUAGUCAAUCAGUCUGUUUUUUCUCUCUCCCUCCCCUGUAUGUAGCAACACAGCUGCCAACAGUAAGACUUCUUAACCUUGUAUAGAGUUAUACAGCAAAUUCUGCUGCAAUGUAACUCUUACUGGCGCAGUAACGUGCCAGAUAUACUAUGCCACGGAACACAG